AUGGCGAUUCCGAAUAGCAGAAAUUUCGCCAACUGCUACAUGGAGCUGUGCAGGCAACAACGGCUACGUCCACUGCCGGUCAUCUGCGUGACUCUGCCCCACUGUUUAGAUUUCACCACGGACCGGGUGAAAAUGGAUGACUGGAGUCCGAUAUUAAAUUCUCUGUCGCUCGAUCGUAGCCUGCGUUCGAUCAGCGUUCGCAGUAGGUAUCAAUGUCGCAAACCAUUGGAGGAGAUCAAUUCCGAGGACAAAGCUAGAACAAUGGGCAAAGCGCCGGUGGUGUUAUCUCGUUAUCUUCUGGAGUGGUUGUCGCAUAGCGUCUCCCAAUGUGUUAGAAACUCGCCAACGUUGACCAGUUUGGAGCUGGAAGGUAUCCCGUUUCCGCCAGAUUGUUUGGCGGUGUUGUGCGUAGGUCUGUCGCACACGAACACGCUUCGUAGCCUGUCUCUCCAGCGUUGCUACAUCGGAGAUAGCUCCUGCGAGUUGUUGUGUCGAACAGUGGCCGAUGUGCCCAGCGUGAGGUCGUUGAACCUCAGCUACUGCGAUCUGACGUGCAAAUGUGGACCGGCCUUGGCGUCUGCCUUGUCCAGACAGAAGCUGUUGCUGUAUCACGAUACUUGGAAGCAGUCCUUGAGGUAUCAGGAGCCGAAUCUCGAGGCGAUGCCAGGGUUACGUCGUCUAACUCUGAACGACAAUCCUCAGCUAGGCGACGCGGCGAUAAUCGAGCUGAUCGAGGCGAUUAGAGACAGUCUGUGGCUGAAAGCGAUAGACUUGCAACGCUGCGGACUGUCGGAUAAGAUCGGCAAGGAUCUCCUGGAACUAUUGGAUCACAACACCACGUUGAAUAUCCUCGACGUGAGGCAGAAUGCGAAUCUGAACGAGCGGCUCGUGAAAGAAAUAAUCAAGAGAUUGGAGGAGAACAGUUCUGACACGAAGGUCGAGUAUAGAUGGCUCGCUUUGCCUCAGCAGGAUCGGAAGGCAGCUUCGGCGGGCAACAGAAAGAGAAGCGAGAACGAGAAUAGUAGAAAACCGUUUAUCAGACCGCGUAGCGCCGCGAUGGAGUACGGGAAGAGUCCUUAUCAAGCUCCUUCGAGAAAAGUGAUCAGUUCGAUAGAUAAUGUGAAGAAGACGAAGAUGAGGCCCAAUUUGCCACCGUUUAAACACGCGGCGGCACAGAAGAGACAGCAACAACAGCAGCAGGUGGUUCAGAACGGCCAAGCCAAAUCGAAGAUCACUCUUCAUUUGGACCUCCAAUCGUACAUCAAACCCGCAAUGGACGACACGAUGAAGAACGAAGAAGACGUCCAGACUGUCGAGGAAAACGUUCAGCCUGACAGCGAUUCGUCGUCGAAGAUCGUCAACCCGACGAAGGUGGACGCCGCCACGCAGAUGCCGCGCAGUUUGGAGUCGGAGAUAGACUCCGCCAGGCUCGAGAAGAUCCAGGUUCAACUGAUGGAAGCGAAGUCGGAGCAUUAUCGUCUGCUGGAGGACCUCAAGCAAAGUACUUCUCUGUUAACGGAAGAACGUAAACGUCGCGAGGUCGCUGAAGAGGAGCUGCAAACGAUGAAGAAUAAUCUAAUGGAGUUAGAGAACGCGUUGAGGGAGAAGGAAAAGGAGACGAACGGAUUCCUGUUGCUUAGUCAGCAAUCGUUGGACGAGAUUUGCAACUCCUUCGAUCGUCUUCUGGAGAUGGUGGAUAGCGUGACGAAGAAUCCAAACGUCAGCCGAAGAGAAACAGCUGAGGCGGCCAUUGUUAAGGCCGACAUCAAGCGUCGCGUCGCGUCAGUCAUCAGGCAGACGAAGUCGGAGAAUCUGAGACGAGGAUUUGCCGUGGACAUCGAGGACGAUUUGAACGGUUACACCGAACCGGUGAGAAAGUUCGCCAAGUCCGAAAGCGACAUGAGGAACUCCGUUGCUCCGAUUUCUGCGUUGCAAAUUGAGAAGAAUAUAGGCGACACCUUGGACGUACGAUCGCCCAUUUUGGACAGCGUUUUGUACCGCGACAAGGAGAUGUUGUCCCCCAGAGCCAGAGCCAGGGCGUUGUUCGCCCAGAUCGUUCAGGGGGACACCGUAUUCGAGUUUUGCACUCACGUGGAUUAG